UUAGAGAAGGAAAAGACCAGCAAACUCAACUGGAAAGUUUGCUUCUCAGUUACCUCGGGUAAAGGAAAAUUUUUAAAAAGACAUCGGAGCAUUUUCCCCGACCUCAGGAGUGGUCAACUGUUUAAAUCCAGGCAAUAAAGGGGAGGAGUUAGGCUGAGUUCCUCCCCUUCUCCCGGGAACUUUAUCUUUCCAAACGUGAUCCAGGCUAGAGUUUGAACAGCAAGGAGAAGCUGCACACCCUGAACUUUCCCAAUGGUUUCGGUGACCAGAACCGUGUUUGGAGAGCUGCCCUCGGGGGGAGGGACAGUGGAGAAAUUCCAGCUUCGGUCAGACCAGCUGAGUGUGGACAUCAUCUCAUGGGGCUGCACGAUCACUGCUCUGCAGGUCAAAGACAGGCAGGGGAAAGCCUCAGACGUGGUGCUUGGCUUUGCGGAAUUGGAAGGUUACCUCCAGAAGCAGCCCUACUUUGGAGCAGUGGUUGGGAGGGUAGCCAACCGAAUUGCCAAAGGAAGAUUCACCAUAGGUGGGAAGGAGUACCACCUUCCCGUUAACAGAGAGCCCAACAGUCUCCAUGGCGGAUUCACAGGGUUUGAUAAGGUCCUCUGGACCCCUCAGGUGUUGACCGAUGGCGUCCAGUUCUUCCGAGUCAGUCCAGAUGGUGAGGAAGGCUACCCUGGAGAGCUGAAAGUCUGGGUGACAUAUACCCUGGAUGGUGGGGAGCUUGUAAUCAACUACAGAGCACAGGCCAGCCAGACCACUCCAGUUAAUCUGACCAACCAUUCUUAUUUCAACCUAGCAGGCCAGGGCUCCCCAAAUAUAUAUGACCACGAAGUCACCAUUGCAGCAGAUGCGUAUUUGCCCGUGGAUGAGACUCUGAUUCCAACAGGAGUCAUUGCUCCAGUGGAAGGAACUGCCUUCGACCUGAGAAAGCCAGUGGAGCUUGGAAAACACCUGCAGGAUUACCACAUCCAUGGCUUCGACCAUAAUUUCUGUCUGAAGGAGUCAAAAGAAAAGAAGUUUUGUGCAAGGGUGCGUCACGCUGCAAGUGGGAGGAUCCUGGAAGUACAUACCACACAGCCAGGCGUCCAGUUUUACACAGGAAACUUCUUGGACGGUACUCUGAAAGGCAAGAACGGUGCGGUGUAUCCCAAGCACUCAGGUCUCUGCCUCGAGACCCAGAACUGGCCUGAUGCGGUCAAUCAGCCCCAGUUCCCUCCGGCGCUGCUGAAGCCUGGAGAGGAAUACAACCACACUACCUGGUUCAAGUUCUCUGUUGCUUAAAGAAGACGGAAGAUGGGACCCGGUCCCCACUCACUCACCUGCCUCGCUUUGAAAGUAAUCCUGCCUGUUAAAUCAUACAGAUCAUAGCAGCCAUAAUAAUCAAUGUGAAUACUGAUACCCUUUCCCAGCAGCUGGCUACAGGCUAUGUCUAAUGACCCAGCUCUGUUCUCUGUCUAGUGCCAUCACCUAAGGUCUGAUCCUGGUAGAGAAGUGGUCCUCUGGACUCUCCUGAUUUCAAAGGCUCCAUCUUUCCAUCCUGGUUCCAUCUUGUCUAUUUUCUUUAACACCUUCCUUUUGUUGACAGAACUCUGUUUUCCUGCCUCCUCUUUGACCUCAGACUACUCCCUCCAGAAGUUUUAACCAGGUCUUGAGUUCAAGCUGUGAGAAUUAAAGUCCCCCUCUGUGCCUCUACCUCAAUCUGCCUGAACAUUCCUAGGGUCACUGAAGGACAAGCAGGGUCUUGGACCCUGCUCCAUCAGAGCCUUUCUUCUCAGACUUAGCGUAGGAGCUAGAAAUGGCUGAGCAGUGAAGAACACACACUGCUCUUGCAGAGAACCAGAGUCCACCCUGUCAGGCUCUAGGGGAACAAGCACCCUCUCUUCUAGCCUCUGGGAAUCCCACACUCAUGCACACCCAUCCACAACAGUUAAAAAUAAAUCUUAAAUGGUGAAAAAAAAAAUCAGUUUAAAAGCAUUAGAGUGAGUUGAACUAUCUUUUUAGAGAUGGUGUGAUUUAAACUGUAAGAUCCAAAUACUAAUUUCAAUUUUUCUGCCUUUGAGUUUAACUAGGAGCUUGGCUAAGGUGUAGCAAGACGCACAGGCAUAGGAGGCAGGAGCCUCACACCAACAGUGCCCAUAGCAUUCAACUUUGCACUAGAAGUAGAUGCUCCCUUGAGAUGAAAUGGGUGGAGGCUCCUCAUUUCCUCAAAGAUGACGUCAUCGCCGAUGUGCUGCUGAUUUUGAAAAAAAUAUAUAUAGUUUAUGUUAUUAUCUGCUACAAUCAGUUCAAAUAAAACCAAAAAUGUCCUCUUCAGAUGA